UAUACUUCCUCCAGAUUCAACGAAAUUCCCUCGUUAAGUUUAAUUGUGGAUGAAGUGUGGGAUUUGGGUAAAUUGAGUAAAAUUCAUGUUUUCCAUUUAGUCGUGUCCGGAGAUUAGAGAAGUUAGAAUGACGGACAAACAAAACUCAACAAAUAGACAAUGGUUUCGGAGGAGGACUGUUAUGGAAAAGAUAUUGAUGGUCCUAUUAACUUUGAUCACAUUGGGGUUUAUCAUACUUAUCAUUUUCACAUCGAGAAAGCUUUCUUCGAGUUCCAAAGACUCCAACAUAUGCCAAACAGAAGGAUGCAUUUUAGCAGCAUCGAAGAUAAUCCAGAGUAUGAAUCCAAAGGUAGACCCCUGUGAAGACUUCUUCGAGUUUGCUUGUGGCAGGUACACUGAAAAUAAUUACAUUCCUGAAGAUGAAGUCAGCAUCAACAGUUUUUCCGAAGUUGGUGAUAGAAUAACAGAGAACUUCAGGACUCUACUAGAAAAGCCAGUCGUUGAAGAUGAGAUCGUGCCUUUCCAAUACUCAAAAAAGCUGUAUAAAAUGUGUAUGAAUUCUACCCAAACAGAACAGGAAGACUUUAAAUUCUUCAAAAAUAUGAUGAAAGAACUUGGCGGUUGGCCGGUGCUUGAAGGAAAUUACUGGAACGAGAAAAUUUUCGAUUGGAAAUCCACCCAGUAUAAUUUCAGAAAAUUAGGAUUGCACCACACGCAGUUCAUCAGCAGCUAUGUUGGAUUGGAUGCGAAGAAUUCGACAAAACGUAUUUUCACGAUGGGACAACCUUGUGGAGGAUUCGCGAAACUACUCAAAAAGGGUAUGAAUGAGACACUGGUGAAAGCUUACAAUGAUUAUUUAGUGGAUAUAGUUGUGCUUUAUGGGGGGGAUAGAACUCAAGCCAUCAAGGAAAUAAAGCAAUAUUUGGAAUUCCGUAUAGAACUAGCCAAGAUUAUGUUCAUGCCAGAAGAAAGGAGAAACGCAAGUCUCGGAUACAAUAAAAUGACCAUAAGAGAAGUCCAGAUCCGUUUUCCAAGUAUUCCCUGGUUGCAGUACAUAAAUACGAAAUUGGAGCCUUUCGUUACUUUGACCUACGACGACUUUGUUAUUGUUACUGAACCUGAAUAUAUCGAAAAACUCGAAAAGUUGCUGGCGGUUACACCAAAAAGAGCUAUAGCAAACUACAUGUUCAUUUCCAUAUCAGAACAUCGCCUCUUCAACGAUGAAAUGAGAAAGAAAUCGUUGGAUUUCGAAAAAAUUGCUUAUGGAGUUACUGAAGAUAUACCCCUAUGGAAAAAAUGUAUUUAUAGUAACAGUCUACAUCUGGCUCAAUCGUCAAUGUACGUCCGUCAAUAUAUGAAAUCCAGAUCGAAAAAUUCCAUCAAGGAAUUAAUGGUGGACAUCAAAACAACGUUUAUGGAAAACUUGAAGAAAUACACGUGGAUGGACCACAAGACCAGGAAAAGGGCUAUUCAGAAAGCUGAAGCCUUGAGGUCCUACGUUGGCUAUCCUGAUGAACUUCUCGACGAUGACGAAAUCGAAAAAUAUUAUGAAGGGUUAGUGAUAGACGAAAAUAGUUUGCUGAAAACUUCCUUAGCGAAAACGAUUUGGGGUAGAAAUAGUUACCUGAAAAAAUACCAUGAGCCUUACGACAAGAACGAUUGGAAAGAUAAAGCCUUCCCAACUGUGGUGAAUGCUUUUUACGAGCAGACAGACAACAGCAUAAUGAUACCUACAGGAAUUUUACACCAACCGUUCUUCGAUAAUGACAGACCGAAAUACCUAAACUACGGAGCCAUCGGUUUCGUAGUAGGCCAUGAAAUCAUUCACGGUUUCGACGAUCAAGGAAGGCAAUACGAUAAAUCUGGAAAUUUGGUGGAUUGGUGGGAACCAGCCUCGAAUAAAAGUUUUCAAGAGAGGGCAGAUUGCCUCAUCCAGCAGUACGCCAAUUACACCAACGAUAAGAUCAAUAUGUCCCUGAAUGGCAUCAACACUCAGGGAGAGAACAUAGCCGAUAAUGGUGGAAUAAAACUUGCGUAUGUCGCUUACCAAAAAUGGCUGCACAGGAACAAACCUGAACCUCAGUUGCCUGGAUUGAAAUACACUCCUCAGCAACUUUUCUGGAUUUCUGCAGCUAAUAUUUGGUGCUCGAAAGAACGGCCAGAAUACGAAAAACUGAUGAUAUUGGCAGAUUAUCAUUCCCCAAAUUAUUACAGGAUUAUUGUCCCUUUUAUUAAUUCUGGUUACUUUGCCAAAGAUUUCGAUUGUCCUCUUGGAAGCAGGAUGAAUCCUAAGUAUAAGUGUCGCUUGUGGUAAAAAAAGAAAGUCGAACUGUAGCAUUACGUAUGUAAAUGAAAACAUUUUCAAAGAUUAAAAUUUAAAACUGA